AGGAAGAAUGACUAACACGUCGACAAUCCUUCUGUCUUGAGACAUACAGGUUUACCUGGCAGGCAUGAAAAACUCUAUAGCAAACAGAUUUCACCCAUUCCAGUCAGCAGUAGCAGCGUAUCUGAAAAGCAGCCAGUGAAUUUGGACAACAAUGGACUGUUGCUAUGGGUCUCCUGAGGAAAAGGAAAACCAGAGAAUAUCCAGAGAAAUAGAUAGACAACUAAGAAAAGAGAAAAGCAAUAAUAAGGAGUUGAAGCUGCUGCUUUUAGGAACUGGUGAAAGUGGGAAGAGCACCUUCAUCAAGCAGAUGAGGAUCAUCCAUGGCAACGGAUACAGUGAAUCAGACAGAAAAGGUUUUACCAAGCUGGUGUGUCAGAAUAUCAUCACAGCCAUCCAGGCACUGAUUGAGGCCAUGGGGACUCUGAAGAUCGACUAUCUUGAUGAACAGAAUAUUCGCUAUGCUGAAAAACUGAAAGAAGUGGACGAAAUUCAGGUGAAAACACUGGAGCCCUGGCAGGUGGACGCCAUUAAGCGAGUGUGGAGUGACCACGGAGUACAGCAGUGUUACGACAGGAGGAGAGAGUUCCAGCUGUCAGACUCUGCCAAAUAUUAUCUGAGUGAUAUGGACAGAAUCACAGCCAGAGAAUACGUUCCCACUCUGCAGGACAUCUUAAGGGUCAGGGUUCCCACCUCGGGGAUCAUAGAGUACCUAUUUGACAUGAAACAAGCUGUCUUCAGGAUGGUGGAUGUGGGUGGCCAGCGCUCCCAAAGGAAGAAAUGGAUCCACUGCUUUGAAAAUGUCACCUCCAUCAUAUUCCUGGCAGCCCUCAACGAAUACGAUCAAGUCCUGUACGAGAGUCAGACAGAUAACCGGUUGAAGGAGAGCCUCGCCCUGUUCAAGACAAUCGUCUCAUCCACGUGGUUUCAGGAGUCGUCCACCAUCCUCUUCUUGAAUAAAACAGACUUGCUGGAAGACAAAAUCAGAACAUCUGAUUUGGCAACAUACUUCCCAGAAUACAAAGGGCCUUCCCAUGAUGCUGAAUCUGCAAAAACGUUUAUUGAGAAGAUGUACAAAAACCUCCACAAAGGUCGUCAUAAACCCCUCUACACACACUUCACCUGUGCCACAGACACAGAAAACAUCAAGGUUGUCUUCAAAUCAGUCAAAGAUACAAUCUUUAUGGAUAACAUGGAAUUUUUAAACCUUUAAUAAUGAAGCAGAG